CCCAGUACAGAAACCAAAUAAACACUUCAAAUCCCGUUUACGUUUUAAUGCAUCCAGUGGAUCAAUGAUGGUAGACAGUCUAAAACUCGGUGACCAAGGAGUUUAUACCAUCACGGUGAAUGGUAACUGGAAGAGGAGCAUGGAUCUGAAACUCAUUGAACCACUGUCAGAACCUUCGAUUGUCAAUAAUAGUACCUGUGUGGAUACUGCCAUUCAACUCAUUUGCCAGGUCUCUGGGGGGAAAGAGAGCUCUAUUCUGUGGUGGAAAGACAACAAGAUGUUAACGAGUAGUCAAUAUUAUCAGUUAGUGCAAAACAACAGCACAUUGAUUAUUUCUGAAGCACAAGUAUCAGACUGCGGGACCUAUAUUUGUACUGUAGAAAACCCUGUUAGCCAGAAGAAUACGUCAUAUUCUCUCACGCUUCGUGGCCUGACACAUCUGCACCGUAGCAUUUUGGCAUUUUCUGUUGCGGCAUUGGUCACUGCCGGUGUCAUACUGAUCACUGCUGUUGCAACCCGUUUGGAUAAAAUCUUGUAUGUGAGCAAGGACGGUAAAACAUGGCUCCUGUUUAUUCGAGAGAAGACGCGGCAUUUGUUGAAGUUUGCACCAGUGUUUUCGCUCCUUUUCUUUUCCAUUGCAUGCGUAUGUUGGAUACUGACUGAAGUUUGCCUAGACAUGCCCCAUACGCUGACUUCACUGAGUCAAUUCAUUGCAAAUACAAUCCCAAUUGUGCAUAUAAUAGGACAUGCUGGGCCUUCUGGAAUCAAUGUUGUUCUGUCAAUGUCUUGGCUCCUCCAUCUCACAGUAGUACUUUCAAAUUGUCGUUUCAUCUGUGACAAACCCAUGUUAAACAAGAUUAUCUCGAACAAGUUUUGCCAUGUUAUCCUGAAUGUCGCAGCUUCUGUCAUCGCUGUGUUUGGGCCGAGUAUCCUCAUCAGAGAAGUAAUGAAACAAACCGAUAGUGAUUGUGGCUCAGCAGCCAUACUGCGAUCAACUAUAAUUCCGACUGUGGUGAUGACAUUGGUUAUUCUUGUUGUAACCUUUGUACCCUAUAAAAUAUACAUCGAAUGGAAAAAACAACCAAUUGGAAAUCCUCCUGCAAGUACGAGUUUUGGAGAUUCUGAUCAGCAUCAAUAUACUGAGCUGAAGAAAACACCCUCAAGUCCAGGACACACAGCUACCACUGAACGGGUGACUCAGGGAUCACUGCUACCUGAGAAGAACAACAUUAAACCUUGCGAUUAAAGCACUACGUGAAAUUUGUACUGUAAAUACUGAGAAACUGAAUUACUUGCAGCUCGUUUCAGGAAGGAAAUCUGUAUGUUUCCUUGGUCUGACCUAAAUGUGACUCCAGACUGAGUCUGGACAAUGUCUUGUUUUCAUCAAGUCAUCGAACAAGUGUGGACUCCAGCUAAAGCCUAACAUUUCAAGAGCUUUCAAAUUGCCAAUUCUUGUUUGAAUUUUUUGUACUGGAUACUUCUUUUAAUACUUUAUACCUGUACUUGUGUGUGUUUCAUGUCACAUUUUAUUAUUUUUCUCUGGAUUACUAGGUAAUAAAAUUCUUCAUUCUGCCUAUCAGGAAGAAUUUAGAA